GAACUAAAUCCAGCGGUAUAUUAGCGGAACAGAAUAUAAGACACAGGCAUCAGGAAAGGAUGCUGCAUCUUGCUAACUAUAAAGGACAAUGAAAUAUGUUUCUGAGGCGGAAGUGCGUCAGUUUUUGUAGUCCGGGCAACAUGAGUGGAUUCAUCGAUUGUCACUGUCACCUUGCAGCCCCGGAUUUCCUCACAGAUAUCGAUACAGUGAUAGAGCAAGCGAAAAAGGCUGGACUUCUAGCUCUUGUGGCAGUAGCAGAGCAUUCUGGAGAAUUUGAAAGGCUUAUCGAGCUUUCAGACAAGUAUUCUGGGUUUGUGCUCCCAUGUCUUGGUGUUCAUCCAGUGCAAGGAAAUCCACCACAUGAACAGCGUGCUGCCACUCUUCAGGAUUUGCAGGCUGCACUUCCAUUGAUAGAAAAAUAUAAAGAAUAUUUACUGGCAAUUGGAGAGGUUGGAUUGGAUUUCACUCCACGAUUUGCCAGCACUGAGGCACAGAAAAAUGAACAGAGAAAGGUCUUCAUUGAACAGAUUCAAAUUGCAAAGCGGCUGGAUUUACCAUUAAAUGUACAUUCCCGCUCUGCUGGGCGUCCAACCAUUAAUCUUCUGAAGGAACAAGGAGCUAAGAAAGUGUUGCUUCAUGCUUUUGAUGGAAAACCCUCAGUAGCCAUGGAAGGGGUGAAAGCUGGAUUUUUCUUUUCAAUUCCACCAUCUAUCAUAAGGAGCGAGCAGAAGCAGAAAUUGGUGAAGCAGCUGCCACUAGAGUUUAUCUGCUUGGAGACAGACUCUCCAGCAUUAGGGCCAGAGAAACAGGUGGGUAUAUGAUGAAACAGUUACCUUUGCAAUGGAACAGUGCACAGGAAGCAGCUGACACCUGUGAUGAUCACACAUGGCUGCCUUGAAGCAUUCUAUGGCAUAAAACCUGGGGGAAAUCAUUGACCUUCAUUGCUAUGGGCACUAUAGAGUAGGUGGUUGACUGUCCCUGCAGCUGUUUCUGAACCAGGUAGCAUCAUCGAUCCCAUUCUAUCCUGUUAGGCCUGCACCUCAUCAUGCUGUGUUCCUCCUCCAUUAAGCUCAGAUAGCUGCUUCGGUUGCACUAGAUCCACUGCCAGUAGUAGUACAUUUGCCACAUCAUUUACCAGAGUUUUUCAUGACAGGACUCUAAAGCAACCUCCAAGAGUACAUUUUUUAAAACGUUUAAUAAACGUUUGUUAAUCCAUUUUUGAAAGACCAGGAAUACUCUGAGCAGAGUUAUACAAUGGAAAUUGUAGUGCAAUUUAGUCUUUGAUAAUGGUGACUCUUACCAUAUAUUCUACAGCAAUAUUAGCCUAUUAAUGCUUUAAAUCACUAUAGAACCUUUAACUCAUCUACCUUUUUGCUAAAAUGAACAGACAAAAGAAAUAAAGGGGUAAACUUUUAGUUUGGACCCCAAAUCGGUGCUAUAUUAAGAAGAGUGCCCACCCAGUUGACAGUUGGCAGGCUCAAACCACUUUCAGAUUUGAGCUUCAUCAUCAUUUUGUCAGCUAACUAUGAGCAAUCCACUACAGUUCACCACCCUCCUGAGGCAGAAAAUUGGCUAGCUAUGGUAUGCAAUCAACCUGCUGGUGAAACACCAUUAUUGCACCUCUAUCCAGUAUCGAUACAGCAAGAAGUGGUAAUCUUGUGCUAUUCUCGAAACCAUCUAACAAUCAGGCAUGAUGUGGCACCGUGACAAUUCCAGAUAAUCAGCAAGGUGUCUUUUCCAAGCAAUAGAUCACAUGAUAUUAGCAGCUUACACAUUACCAAGAAGGAUAAAAAGUGCUAAUGUAAGAUGAGAAAGAGUAUCCGGCUAGUUCAAGGAAACAGAAAAUAGCAUUUUAAUUUCUGGCUGAAUUACCAAAAGAAACUCCAUUAGGUGAACUUUUCCACUAUUAAAUGGGUCCAGAUUUUGCUGUAGAAUAUAUGGUAAGAGUCACCAUUAUCAAAGACUAAAUUGGACUACAAUUUCCAGUGACCCCAUAUAUGCAGUUAAACAUGGAAAUCAGGCAGUAUCUAUCUGAGAUGCCCUGCUUCACCAGAAGCUUCACUGUAGCAGCAUCUCACUGAAAGACUCAGCAUUGAAACACAUGGAACAUAGUGAAGUUGUGGUCUUGUGGUACUUACAUAAUAGAUUGCCACUAAACCUACCAGAAAGCGGUAUGACUUCUCCAUUGAUGUAUAAGCAAUUUUUUUAUGGCACACCAAGUCUUAAUUACUGCUAAACAACAUCUCUGAUACUGAAAAUGAACUACUACAAAUGUGGAUUUUCACUCCAGAUGUUAAUUAUUGUUUGAGAUUUUAAAAAUUAAAAAUGUACAUAAGAAACAGAAAAAAUAAAAUUACAUUUUUAUCUCCCAUAA